CACGGAACGAGCAUCUCGUACGGGAAUGGAAGGUCCAUUUCGGCGAGCAAGCCGGAUCGCAGCCACCACUAUCAAUCCAUCCCGUUUCAUCACAAGCAGCGACCAAUGGCUCGAUCAUCCCUGGCACGCCCUUGACAGCAAUCUCCGCAUCGCUUCCAACUUGUCUCGCCCUCCAGACUCCCUCCUUUAUAAUCCCUGUCGGCGACCAAAAUUCUGCGACCGCUGUCCCGCUUCUUUUUUGGCGGCCAGUUUUCGCUCGUUCACCUUCUCCUAGUUCUCAUCAGUGAGUCGCAACGCGCAAUGGCAGGACACGAGAUCAAGAGUAUCCACGCCGAACCCCAUGAGCUUGAGAGCUCAAGCAGGGGCAAAGGCUACUCCGAUGACCUCGCUCUGGCACGGCUGGGGAAAAAGCAAGUGCUCCGGCGGAACUUUGGCAUGAUUUCGCUGUUGGGAUUCAGCUGCACGAUUCUGGUUACCUGGGAAGGUUUCGCAUGCUUGUUCCUUCAGCCGCUGACCAAUGGUGGUCCAGCCGGAGCUGUCUAUGGCUUCCUCUUUGUCUGGCUUGGCACUGCCUGCGUUUUUGCUGUGCUAUCCGAGUUGGCAUCCAUGGCUCCGACUUCUGGUGGACAGUACCAUUGGGUUUCCAUGCUGGCUCCUCCCUCUAGUGUCAAGUUCCUGAGUUACAUCACCGGAUGGCUCACAUUGAUCGGAUGGCAGGCGACAUUCGCUACAGCUGCCUUUCUAACGGGUACCAUGAUCCAAGGUCUCGCUGUUCUCACUCACCCAGAGUACACUCCAGCGAACUGGCAUCCAACCUUCUACUACUGGGCCGUGGUGGCCUUUGCCGUGGGGAUUAAUAUCGUCGGCCGCAGCGUGCUUCCCAAAUUCGAAGGCCUCAUCCUCGUUGUCCACAUUCUCGGCUUCUUUGCUGUUUUGAUUCCCCUCGUUUCGCUGGCAGACGCGGGCUCGGCAAAGGAUGUCUUUACGCAGUUUAUCAAUGAGGGUGGGUGGGAUACCCAAGGCCUUUCUUUCUUCGUCGGCCUUAUUGGGUGUGUUUUUGCGUUUGCGGGUGGUGACGCCGCUGUCCAUAUGUCGGAAGAAAUCGAAAACGCGGUCGUGGUUGUUCCCCGCUCGAUCCUCCUCAGCGUCUUGAUCAAUGGAAUGCUGGGCUUCGGCAUGAACCUUGCUCUACUCUUCUGUCUUGGUGACCUCCAGACAGCCCUCGAGUCUCCAACAGGCUAUCCCUUCAUGGAGGUCUUCCGAUCGGGGACCGGCUCAGUUGGCGGUGCAGCGGCAAUGACCUCCAUUGUAAUCACCGUCUGCAUCACAUCGACAACAGGCAUGAUGGCCGCAACAUCCCGCCAGCUCUGGGCCUUUGCGCGCGACCGCGCGGUCCCAGGCUGGAAAAUCUGGACAUACGUUUCCCCCAGCACGGCAAUCCCAACGUACGCAGUCGUCCUGACGACGAUGAUCGCCGCCCUCCUCGCCCUAAUCCCCAUCGGCUCCGCCGUGGCCUUCAACCAGCUCUGCGCAAUGUCUAUCUCCGGCCUCUACAUCUCCUACAUCCUCGUUGCCGCCCUCCUCCUCUGGCGCCGUCUGGAUGGCAGCAUCGGACUAACAGCCGACGCCGACGAGACGGUCAACACGAUUGGGUCGCGACUGGUGUGGGGUCCAUUCCGUGUCCCUGGCAUAUUUGGUGUCGUCGUUAACGUGUUUGCGAUCAUCUAUGCGCUUAUUGCGGUCUUUUUCAGCUUUUGGCCGAGCGUUACGCCUGUUACGGUGCAGACUAUGAAUUUUAGUAUCGUCGGGACUGUUGGUGUUAUUUCGCUGAGUGUGGUUUAUUACUUUGUGCGCGCGAGGCAUGUUUAUUCGGGGCCGAUUAUUGAGACGGCGCCCUGA